CCUUUACUGGUCAUCUUCGGCGCGUCUGAGUCAGAGUUCCGGAAUUUAUUUUCGUCGUCAUUCUGUUCGUGCACGUAUAUAAUCUCGCAUUUCUCAGUGGAAAUUUCAUCAUAAUUCCGUGUAGUUAAAUCUUGUGAGUAUCUCCAGUGUUGGAUUAGCGCCUCUGCCAUCCGUUGCACCUUCCAACAGUGACAAUCUUUGGGCGUUUUCGCAGAGAUUCCUCAAAAUCAGAAGUGGCUAAAAAUAGCUCACCGGGAGUGCAGUUGACUUUUGGAAUUGACCUUCGACACAGAAAUCCAAGAUGAGCCUCGUGUGGACCCUCAUUGCCACCUUCCUGUACGCGGAGAUCGUGGUGGUGCUGCUUCUGGUCCUGCCAGUCGCCAGUCCCGUGCGCUGGCAGCGCUUCUUCCGGUCGCGCUUUCUGGCAAUGAUCGGGCGCCAGGCGCAGAUAUACUUCUAUCUUUUGCUGGCAGUGCUGGUCGUCUUUCUCAUUGAGGCCGUGCGCGAGAUGCGGAAAUAUUCACACACCGAUCCUGCCAUGGAGGCGCACCUCAACGUGGGCAUGCAGCACAGCAUGCGGCUGUUCCGGGCGCAGCGCAACUUCUACAUCAGUGGCUUCGCUAUCUUCCUCGUUCUUGUCAUCCGUCGCCUUGUGCUGCUGAUCUCUGGCCAGGCCACUCUCCUGGCUCAGUCAGAGGCCUCCAUGCGACAGGCCGAGAGCGCCACCACUGCUGCCCGCAGCCUGCUGUCUCAGCAGAAGGACAAGAGUCCUGAGAAUGACACCGAAGUGAACAUUCUCAAGGAGAAAGUCGCUGAGCUGGAGGGCGAGCUGAAGCGUGAGAAGAAGGAUAAGGAAGCCCUGAAGUCCCAGGCAGAGAGCCUUAACCGAGAGUACGAUCGUCUGACUGAGGAGUACAGCAAGAUUGAGAAGAAGCUGACUUCCUCGUCAAAGGAGGAUUAAUUUCCCACUUUUCCUAUGACAUUCAUUGUUUCAUUACUAGCUAUUCCCAUAAGCUAUAUCCAGGGUCUUUUGUAUUUCAUACAUUGCGCGCUAUAAUUUGUGUUUUUCCAGCCAAUUCCUAACAUUUUCCGGGUGAUUCUCGAGCGGAGUUGAAUAAAUGGCCCGCGAGUACUAAA